CCGUCCUCAGCGCCCUGAACCUCGCGCGCGCGCGCAUGGCGGCGCUGUUUGUGUUCGGGGACUCGCUGGUGGACGUGGGCAACAACAACUUCGGCUCCAACCGCUUCCUGCGCGCAGACAUGCCGCCCUACGGGACGAACUACAUUGAGGCGUCGGGACGCUUCUGCGAUGGCCGCCUGCAGAUCGACUACCUAGCGCGCUACUUGGGUCUGCCUUCCCCGCCCCCUGCGCUGCAGCCGGGGCGCAAUGCCUCUCUCGGACUCAACUUCGGCAGUGCUGGGGCGGGCGUGCUCGAUGGCACCAACCCGGGGCAGACAUUCCCGCUGUCCUUCCAGAUGGGGAAGUUCCGGGAACUGCACGCAAUGGUGAUGGAGCAACACACCAGCGAGCGCGGCACUCGCAACAACAACCACACGGCUGCUUUUUCAAAUGGUGGUGAUGAUGGGUACGCGGGAGAUGCCGGCAGCGGCGGCAGCAGCAGCAGCGGUGGCGAGGGGAGCCUUCCAGACAAGAGUGUCCUCGCCUCAGCACUGUAUGUGGUGCAGGCCUUGGUGUCAGCGCUGUACGUGGUGCAGCUGGGAUCCAACGACUACCUGUACCUGCUCUCGCGCCUCAACCUCGCCCUUGUGCCCGCCAUCCCCACCUCCAACGCCACGCGCCCUCGCCUCCUCAACACCUCCUCUCUGCCGCCAUUGCCUAACACGACUGCUCUGCCGCCCUUGCCAAACACCACUGCCCUGCCGCCGUUGCCAUUCGCCACUGGCGCCUCCAGCGCAACGGCCAGUGCGUCCAGAGCACCCGCAUUCCCGCGCCUGCGCCGGGCAGUGGGGCGUGUCGCGCAGCCGCUGGAGGAGGCGGUGAGGCGCCCGUCGCAGUCGGUGGAGGAGAGCCUGGCGGCGGUGGGGCGGUUCUCACAGGCGCUGCUGCCCACCAUCGUGGCGAGCAGCCAGGGAACUGUCGAUGCCGUGCAGUCCCUCUACGACAUGGGCGCGCGCCGCUUCCUCGUCUACUUCCUCCCGCCCAUCACGUGUGUGCCCGCCCUCAUGCAAGCGCUGGGCACGCGCAUGUGCGCUUCACCGCUGAGCGUCGUGCCGCGCGCGCACAACGCACUGCUGGCGGCGGGGCUGCAGGCGCUGCAGGCACGGCUGGCGGGCAUCGUGAUAAUCACGGUGGAGGAUGGCGAGCUGGUGACGAGGGCUGUUGAGCAGCCUGAGGCGCUCGGCUUCACCUCCGGCCCCGCGGCAUGCUGUGGCGGCCCUCCGCCUCUGAACGGGCUGGUGCAGUGCGGGCGCACAGCGCUGGUGGGGGGCAACGCCACCACAUACACGGUGUGCAGGCGGCCCGGCCAGCACGUGUUCUGGGACGCCUUCCACCCCACGCAGCGCCUCAACUGCAUGCUGGCAGGACAGGUGUGGCGCGGGGGUGCGGCAAGUUGUGGUGAUGAUGGUGAUGAUGGGGAUGCUGGGGAUGAUGAUGGGGAUGAUGGGGAUGAUGGGGAUGAUGGGGAGGAUGAUGGGGAUGAUGGGGAUGAUGGGGAUGAUGGGGAGGAUGAUGGGGAUGAUGGGGAUGAUGGGGAUGCUGGGGCUACAGGUGGCUUGGUGGGCAAUGCUAUGAGCGAGGAUGAUGCUGUCAGUGGAGUUAUAGUGCGUCCUGUUGGCCUGAAGGCUCUGGCAAGUUACUUGGCACAGGAGGGUGAAUGAGUGAAACAACUUGUGUCUUAUCUUCUCACUUGUAUGUUUUUGUUAUGGAACACUUUGUUACAACUUGUAUCUUUCAGUGAACAUUUUGAUUUAGGC